AUGGAGGAGACAGAAAGCAGCGCCUGCAGCGUUGUUCUGGACAACGUGCGUCGGCAGGCGUUUGUGCGUUCUGUCAAUCUGAAGGCUUUUUUUAAGCCAUUUGACUCCUUGAAUCACGGAGAAGUGUCGCUGCCCCAAUUUCACAGAGUGUUGGACAUAGCGGGAAUUCGGCUGACAGAGGAGGAGGCCACGCAGGUCGCCAAAGUAUACAUAUCGCCGCUGACAGGAGCAGUGAAAUACAGACAGUUUUGCUGUGACGUCGACAAAGUCUUCAGGUCGUCAGAGCUGGAGAACGAUCCAUACCUCGUCCCGCUCAGGCCAGGCAAACAAAAUCCCUCAAUAUCACCUAUUUCUCCUUGUUACAACAAAAUAACAAAUCCAUUAACAGCACGCAACAGUUUCUACACACCCAAGAGGGGGAGCAAACUCACAUACACCUGCAAUUCCAAAAAAACACAACGCAAGAAAAUACGUGACAUUCGCCAGAUGCCUCGAGAUAAAUUUACGGAGGAGGAAAUACACCAAUUGGCUCGUCUCCUGACAACGUCCGACGGUCUAGUUGAUUGCCGGAAGCUAUAUCAGCUCGUUGAAGGGCCUUCCCCCGAACCUGCUCCCGCGGAGAAUUUCAAAGGGUCACCCGGGCUCUCCCACGGGGCGCACAAUGCAGCCAUUUGGCCCCCGAAAUCGUCUGAAAGGACCCUCAACUACCCUUUAGGAAACCUCAGGGCCACUUCUCAGGGCUUCAGCACCUUUUCAGGUGCCCCGAACGCCUCUGCAGGAGCCCACGACGAGUCUGCAGGUGCAUCUUCCCCAGUUUUGCACGAUGGUGAGGUUUCUGUGGAGGGCGGCCUUGAUGAUGGGAGAGCAGCCAGGUCGGCCAAGGAGACAAAAAGAAGCUGGGCGAGAGAGAAAAGGAGUGUUUUGCAAAAGAUCGAAGUAAGAGUAGCACUAGAUUUGCACGCAGCUGAAGCGGUGCUGGUUAAUGCCACAUAA